UUUAAAUGUUUAUGAGCCCGAGCUCACCUUUAAUUAUCUGUGCCUCCCCCGCCGUGCUUGGAGAGACUGCCGACUUUGAACAGAAGCUGACGUCGCUUCGGAAGAUAUUGAUUGGACGACAGGUGUCCUUGAUUUGUGCGUACUCUGUCUUCAGAGUUAUGUAUAAUCAAGAAUAUCACCUGUUUAUUUUUUUUUUUCAUGCGAUUUCCAAAUCUUUCGUUAGCUUUUGUUCUUUUCUAGUACAUCAAGCGUCAACAGUUUGAUUAUAAUGGUUUUCAUUGUCGAUAGAAGUAAGCUUCUUCGUAUUUCUAAUCGUUGUCCAAAAAUAUGAUUUUUUGAUAGUGCAUCAUAUGGGAAUAAAAUGCUUGCUUUUUUUUUUAAUUUAGGAGAGAAAAAAAGCGAGAUGAUGUUGUCACCACGCGACGAGAAAACGUCAAUAGUGCAGAACUACAGAUGCUGUCAUUAAACGGAUAGUGGCUGUCUAAUAGCUCCAGGUUCCCGCGGAACUAACAUCAAGAAUGUGAUUUACAAUUUUGGGUGUCAAUCACUGAACACUGGCUUCUUUUAUAGGUGAUCAGCUUUACAACACUUUGACAUCGUGCAGGAUAAUUCUUCACAUCUCUCAUUAUUCCCGAGUGGUGAUAGCAACUUUAUGUCAGCCCGCCCCUGCAUCUCUUAACGCAGGGUAAUGAGUGGCUACAUCGACGACAACCUUUCAACGCUGUUUAUUUUUGCUUUUACUUCGUUUGUGUGUUUGUGAGUUGUAUCAUCAUCAAACCGUGAACAUGACGAAUAGAAAAGGAUUCAUGGUGCAACAGAAUACAUUUCUGGAUACCAUUGCAACAAGAUUUGACGGAACACAUAGCAAUUUUGUCCUGGGGAACGCGUUAUCAAAUGGUUUCCCCGUGGUGUACUGUUCCGAUGGAUUCUGCGAGCUCACUGGGCAUUCGAGAGCUCACGUCAUGGGGAAAAGCUGCGCAUGCAAGUUUCUGUAUGGUGAGAGCACCGAAGUGGAAGGCAAAGCCAAAAUAGAGGAAGCCCUGGAGCAGAAAGAGGAAAUCAAGACGGAGAUUCUGCUGUACAGGAAAAACGGGAAUUCAUUCACGUGCCUUUUGGACAUUGUACCCAUUAAGAACGAGAAAAGUCAGGUGGUUUUGUUCUUAGUCUCUCACAAAGAUAUCACCCACGGGGAUGGACACAAAGAGAGCAGCGAUUCCGGCACCGACGAACCCCUUUUAAGCUGUAAGCGUUCCCCUGUUAUGGCGGGCUUGGCGGGCACUAUCCAAACGGCCCUGAUGUUUAGUAGUAAUGACCUUGAUGAGAGUUCCAAGCGUUUAACACGGACAAGAUGCCGCACUGGGGUAGAGCUCCCUUCUAACGCUAACUAUCAACGACGGCGCAGUCGGGCAGUUCUGUAUCACCUCUCUGGUCAGUUUGACAAACAUAACAGAGCCAAAAGCAAGCUGCAGCAGCUAAACAAGUUGACAGGAUCAAUAUCAGGGAAAAUGCCGGAAUACAAAGUACAGGAAGUCAAGAAGUCCAAGUAUGUCAUUGCACACUACGGGAUCUUUAAGAUCGGCUGGGAUUGGCUCAUUCUCCUCUGUACGUUUUACACCGCCAUUAUGGUUCCAUACAACGCUGCCUUCACAGAUAUGGAAAGCGAUAACAGCAAGAGUUCCUUAUAUUCCGAUAUUGUAGUUGAGAUCAUGUUUAUUAUAGAUAUUGCUUUGAACUUCCGUACGUCUGUCAUUGAUAAAAGUGGACAUGUUGUAUACGAUGGGCGGUUAAUAGCUAAACACUACGUGAAGGGCUGGUUCCCAUUAGAUUUGUUAGCGGCUAUUCCAUUUGAUUUGAUGUUUUUGCUGAAUAGGUUUUACCAGUUAAAUACAGACGUCUUGCGACAUUUGUUAACGUUGAAAUUAACGCGGCUACUUCGGUUGGCCCGCCUCCUUCAAAAGAUUGACAGAUACUCCCAGUACAGCGGUAUGGUGCUAGCUCUGUUCAUGUCGAUGUUCGCGCUCCUGGCGCAUUGGCUCGCCUGUGCAUGGUACUUUAUUGGAGACACCGAGCUGCAGAACAACGCGAACUGGACUGUCGGUUGGUUGUACGAACUUGGAGAAAGAAUCGACCAUCCUGUCAGCAAGUCAAAUCCACCGGAUACUUUCACAGCAUACGUCACAGCUCUGUAUUUUACAUGCAGUAGCUUAACAAGCGUAGGGUUUGGCAAUGUUUCGGCAAAUACAAAUCCAGAGAAAAUAUUUUCCGUAUGUGCAAUGCUCAUUGGCGCUAUGAUGCAUGCUGUUGUGUUCGGAAACGUUACUGCCAUAAUUCAACGAAUGUACGCUCGACGCGCUAACUACCACUCUAAAAACAAGGAUCUGAAGGAUUUCUUCAGGACCCAUCAUAUACCCAAGCCUCUCAAACAGAAGAUGCAGGAAUACCACCAGACCAUGUGGUCUAUGAACAACGGAAUUGAUACCAUGGAGAUUUUGAAAGAUUUCCCUGAAGAAAUGCGGGGAGAAAUCGGCCUUCAUUUGCAUAAAGACAUACUCACUCUACCAAUAUUUGAAAACGCUACACAGGGUUGCCUUAAAUCUAUAUCUCUUCAUACGAAACGAGCCUUCUCUGCGCCCGGGGAAUUUCUAGCACACAAAGGCGAUGCCAUCAAUUACGUGUAUUUAUUGUGCGCAGGAUCUAUGGAAGUCCUCAAGCAAGAAAUGGUUGUUGCCAUUUUAGGCAAAGGUGAUCUAUUUGGAACGGAUAUAAAUUUUGAUGACCCUGUAGGGAUAUCAAGUUGUGACGUCAGGUCUCUGACAUAUUGUGACCUCCAGUGCAUUAAUAUGAAGAGCCUUACAGAUGUUUUGACACUGUAUCCAGACUUUGCUGAACAGUUCCAAAAUGACAUACGUCAUGAUUUGACUUAUAACCUGAAAGAGGGUUAUGACGAUAGCGAGUCCGACUCCGAGUACAAAGGACUGGGAAGAGAGUCCAAGCUGCCAUCAAUAUCAGAGGACGAGGAAGAGACAGACAGUGAUACCGUAUUCACUAACAAAGCCACGAAGAACAACAACACAUAUAGCGCCAUCAAACCUCUACUCGGCAGCGAGAAAAAAGCAGCGCCCCCUGUCUUACCAGCGGACAAACCGGAAGUCAACAAAGUUCCGAAUGGAGAGAUCUUCCCGCAUAGGGAGAUACAGAGUCCACCCACCAAAAGAAACGUCCUAGCUCCGCGACGACCUUUGGCCAGUAGGGCGGCUAACCGAAGGCGUCAGCGACACACUAAUUCAACCGACCACCUGCAUGGAAUGGAGAGUUUAUCGAACUCUAUUCAGAAUCUCCAUGCUGAAAUGGAGGGAACGAAGACAAACAUUUGCCAUAUUGAACACAACAUGAAUCGAAUAUCUCAAGAGGUCUCGCACAUCGACACAAGCUUAAGAACAGUGAUCCGCCUCUUGUCCCAUAGUUGCACAUCGGAAUCAUCCUAUAUUCCUGAUACUCCUUUAUCACCAAUGGAAAGACCACAUUUUUCACUUAGCUCUCAUAACAGUGACGAUGUUCUCACGUCAGAUGUGGACAUCGUCUCUGGAAAUAAACUGGAAGUACCCAAUAUUACACACAAUAGAUCUAACGCACAGAAUAAGAUUGGGAACCGCAGAUACAUUGCUGUUCAUGAUGUUGGGGGAAGUCAUCCCACCAUGGAAUCGCUUCAUGUUCCACUAGGCGAAAGUAGGGACAAGUUUUCAUGUGAAAGUGUUCUAAGUAUACCAAAUUCUCAACAUACUAACAAACGAAGUGCUCUUGCUAAAAGUUCCAAGGUCUACCGAAGGGCAGCCUCGGAACCAAGAACAUUUAACAAUUUAAGUGAAGUUCAACGACAAAUGCUGAUUAAGGACGCCUCGGUGGAGGAUGUGUCGCGGCGCCAUAAUGCCUAUAAAUCUGCCUACACCAACCAAAGACCCAGGUCUUCAUUUUUGUUAGAAACUAACGAUCUUUAAGUCCCAUGCUCAGAGCUAUCACCGCUGUCGUUUUGUUAUGAUGUACUCUUCUUAUUUGUUAUUUGUUGAUUGUUUAUGUGCAUUUGUUUGCUAUGACGAUUUUAAAAAUUGUACACAUUGUACAGACAUAAUUCAUUCCCUGGGGAUUUACGCCACUUCUUUCUUUAAGUUAGUUAUAUCAUAAAAGGAAAUAUUUUGCUAAUGAUAUUUUUCUCUAAAAGAUUUGUACCGAAUGGAUUUUAAAAAUCCACAGUUUAGCUCACCUAAGCUUAAGGCUACAGUAAACUGUUCUUAUUGAAAUUUGGCUGUCGUCCAUGAAAAAGUGAAGAGAACGAACUGGGAUCAAUUUCAUAAAUCUUGAAAAGAAUACAAAAUUAAGAAUGGAAUAAACACGGACCCCUGGAAAUACCAGGGAGUGGUCAGGUGCCUAGAAGGCGUAAACAUCCCCUGUUGACCCGUCUCACCCACCAUGAGCUUUAUAUCUUGUUCAGGAGAAUAAAGUAAUGCGUAGUAAAAAUAAGUAUGUAAAGAACGAUUUAACCGUUGGCAAGAAACAAGUUCGACAGCAUUCGAUCUAACGACAGGUUGUAUUUGCAAAUUAGGUCAUUAUAACACAAAAGAAUUUGCGAAGUGCUAAUUUUAAACGAAACUGUUGAAAUCCUUGUAACAUCAACUUUUUUUGUAAGUAAACAACUUCGAUUUAAAACUGAUCAAACACAAAUCAUAACCUGGUGUAUCAAGAUCAGUUGUGAGAGAAGAACGUUAUAUGCAGUUGAUAAUGGACUACUGUUACAUAAAUAUGGGAAGUUGACAAUGGAGAAACUGAAGUCAUCCUAUUUGUCAUAAGAUUGACUUGUUAGUUUGUCGUUAACAUCUAUGUUCAAUAAAAUAUAUAUGGCAGAUAUGGAAGACUGUGGUGUCUUUUAUUUCGAGUUCUCUGGGGGUAUAUCGAAUCGACACAUGCUGUAUGACGUGUUUCAUACCGAUUGUUAAGCCGUUCUUGACACACUGAUUUUGACUGCGGAUAACUCAGUUUACCUGAACAGGAUAUAGGGCUCACGGUGGGUGUGACCGGUAGACAGGGGAUGCUUACUCCUCCUAGGCACCUGAUUCCACCUCUGGUGUGUCCAGGGGUCCGUGUUUGCCCAACUAUCUACAUGUAUUUUGUAUUGCUUGUAGGAGUUAUGAGAUUGAUCGCUGUUCGUUAUCUUCACCGUUCAUGAAUGAAAAUGAUUACUGUUGAUAGAUUAAACGAUGGAGUCGUUGUAAACGUUUCACAUUUUCGACUUCUUAAGUUUACUGUGCCAGUUUUAACCAAAGAGUUCACAAAGUAUUCUUGGUAAAGGGAAAUGAAGUUUGUUUAGAUGAAGAACCAUGUUCUUUUCGAAAUGGAGAUGAUUUAGAAAUAGUACAAUUAGGGAUGGGUGUUUAAGAAUCUUUCUAAAGAACCAAGUAACCUGAACUUGUGACAAUUUAACGUUCUUUCUACCCCUGCUGUUUGGGUUUGCCCUAGUCUCAAUUUUGUAUUCUUUCUAAGAUUUAUGAGAUUGAUCACUGUUAUUUACCUUCCAAGUUUUCAUUUCUUAUACUUGGAAACUCUUUAAACAUUUUUUCAAGACCCAAAAAGAGUAAAGAUUAUCAAAUUAAUCUACAGGCAUAAUAAAAAUAGUGUAUUUUCAGAUUUGUUCAUACCAUUACCCCCGGGGGCAGCGCGGGGCCACAGUCCUUGAAUAAGGGUUCAAAGUUCCUCACUGGUUAUGUUUAGGAAAAAUAUUUGAAAAUCCUCCUCUCAAGAACAACAAGGGUACAGAUUGUCAAAUUAAUAUGCUUGCAUCUUCAUGUGCUAUGGUUUGAAAGUUCCUCAUGACAUGAUCCCUAGGGUCAGAACAGGCCACGCACAAUAGGGGUUCAAAGUAUCACCUUUCACGCUUUAUUGGUUAUAUGUAGGAAAGAUAUAUGAAAAUCAUCUAAAAUACACAAGGUUACAUGUAAAUUGUUUUAUCAGGAGUGGUGAUACAUGAACCCCGGGGACCACAAUGAAGGUUCAUAUUCUGACAUUGGUUAUAUUUAAUAAAAAUCUUUGAAAUCUUCCCACCAACAACCACAAGGUACAGACUGUUGAAUAAACAUGCAAGUAUGCUCGUCUUUAAAAAUAUUUCUAAACCAAGGGUACAUAAUGUCUAGUUAUGCAAGCAUGUUCAUUUAGUGAAAUUUUGUAUUUGUUCAUGAUCCUUGGAAUCAAGGCAUAUAUAGCCACUAUGGGUUCAGAGUUUCACACUGGAUAUAUAUUUUGAAUUAAGAUCUUUUCAUUAUGUCUCCCCUUCCCAAAAGGAGGACAUAUUGUUUUAGUGUGAAUUCGCUUCUCACACAAACUUUGUAUGGGCCAUAACUUUUUUGUCUUUUGACAUAAGCCUUUGAUAUUAGGUAUAGUGGUAUACCAUGAUAAGACAGUGUGUCGCGUGCCAUUUGUGAUGAUCUUUGACCUUUCAUGUAAAGGUCAAAUAAUAGAAUUUCUGGGGCAUUUAUUGACCGGACCAUAACGUAUUUGUCUUUGUAAGUUUAAUUCACUCUCGUAUUCACAACAUUAUUCCUUAGUUGAAGUACAUAUACAUAUAGGUGGCUGUUAUGUACCAUAACUCUUGAUUUUCCACUUUAAAGAUGACCCAAAAAAUGUUUUUUAAAACUAGGGAAAUAGUAGGGGAGAUAUCAGUUUUAGUGUGCUGAAACAAUUUUUCCUAGUUAUAUACAAGUUUAUAUGAUUAUUAGAUUGAUAAACACUCAACAUCAUGAAGCCUAGACUGAUAUUUAUUCGCUCCAGACUUCUUAGUGUUCAGGUGAGCGAUGUGGUCCAUGAACCUCUUGUUAUAUUGUUCUCAUAUUGGGAAGUCUAUGUUCUUAUUGAUCCACAUCAGUCUCUAUUUUAGAUUGAUUGUGAAUAAACAUUUAAAUGCUCCAAAAUAUAUUUGUCGAGCUAUAUUAUAUACCUAUUUUUGUUGUUAAAGGAUGUUGAGUCUUUGUUGUUAUGUCAACACCAUAAAACUAUUGAUACAAUAUCA